AUAAAAUUAGCAGUACCUUUGACUCUUCUUCCUACAAAACCUAAUUUCUGAAUUUUAAAGGAAUUUUCCAAAUCAAUUAAGAGCUUUGUAAUUUAAGCAAAACCCAUUUUGAUUCUCAAAACCCCACUCCGAGAAAACCGAAUUUCCCCCAAGAUUCGCUGGAAGAAAUUGAUGGCAAAAUCGAUUCCAUCCUCUACAAAGUUACACCAAAUAGCUAAAAUCACAUCAGAAAAACUAAUCAAUCAUUCAAAACAACCAAAACCCAAAUCUAUAAAUGAGGUUUUAAACCCAGAGACAUCAAAAUCUAUUCUUGAUUUUGAGAAAUCGAAACAGAGUAGUAAUCUGAACAGAGCAACAACACCAUUAUCAAGAGUAGUUUCUUCUUGUGUGAAAAGAUGGUUUCGAGAUACACUCAAAGAAGCUAGAGAUGGUGAUAGCGGUAAGCAGGUUUUAGUCAGUCAGAUGUAUUACAAUGGCUAUGGAAUCCCCAAGGAUGCAAGAAAGGGGAGAGCUUGGAUAACAAAAGCAUCAAGGAGCAGGUCAUCGAUGGUUUGGGAGGUUAGGAAUAAACAACCAGGUUACAAUGCAAGUGAUUCAGAUUCUGACAAGCUGAAGGAUGACAAUGAUGUGAAAUAGGUUGUUGUAGGAGCUGUGAUUACAAUCUAGUGAAUCCGGCCCUCGGGAUUUCUUUCACCUUCAUUGCGCCCAGGAAGUCUCUCAUUUCAGUUCGGUGCUCCCUCGGAUUGUUUUUUCUCCAUUCCCAUGGCUUUUGAGGAUUCGGAGAUGCCCACAGUCCGACGCGAGCAGCUCUAGCCUCUUUCUCCCACUGAUUUGAGACACAUGUUUGUCAAUGAUUCAUAUAGAGUACAUCAGGGCAUAGGUGGGAGAGAAAAGAACAACUAGCAUAAAAAAGGACUUGUAAUUGACCUGUUUGAGUUCAGGGCGCUUGUCAUACUUUUCAAAAUGCCAUGCGAACCCUUUCUGGAGCA